AGUGGGUCCUCCUUGAAGGAUAAUGCUUUAUUGUAGUUCCCGUGUUUAGCUUAAAAGCUUAGAACCUCAAUAACCUUCAUGAUAAACAUGCAAUCCAAGCAAAAGAUAAAACUUCAUGUUGUAAAGCUCUGGCGAGUUCGACGUCACGCUAAAGGUGCAGCAGUAGUCUCAUAUACUUCAUAUCCAAUCCGUCCGAUAGAGGAUAGACUAAGACUAAUUCAACAAUUCGCCCAAGGACACAAAAAUAUAGACGAUUAAUACGAGGAUAACCAUGCAUGCAGUAGUAGUAGUACUGCCAGACGCUCUCGGAAACCGGUAUCGUUACGGACGCAAAUUCCGCUUAUUUCGACGCAUAUAGGCCUAUCUGAUGCCUGAAUCUUUGACAUUGUCGAAUUUAAAACAGCCACUCUGCUAGAGAUUUGUAGCAUCCGUCAGUAUGAAUAUAGAUGUUCUCGGCCAUUGAAAUGUAGUAAUGUAAGAGAACUGUCACUUCGGCAACCAGCCCGGCCAAAGAGUACCCUAAGGCAGCAGUCCGCUUACUCUGCUGCUGCUGCAGUUUCAAGUGACAGUGUGUUAGUGGUGUUACAGAAUAACGGGUUCCCAACAGGCGAGUUCUGUCGGGAGACGAAGGCUUAAAGAUGAACCAAAUGAAACCGGGAACAGAGGUGGGCCCAGGGGAAACCAGUGAUGUCACAAUCGGAAAGUCCAACGCGAGAAUGGGGAAGGACGACAAGCCAGUGAAAGAUAGUAGCAUAUCGAAGUGUUUGACUGUUGGCGAUGGAGACACCCCGCAGAAGGUAUCGUUCGAACACCUCUUGGACAUCUCUGCAGUCGAUGGACGCUGGAUCUUUUACAUGUUUCUCAUGUGCUCCUUCAGUGGAUUCAAUUCUCCAUUCCAAGUUUUGACUUACCAAUUCCUGGGAGCCACGCCAGACCACUGGUGCCAAGUUGAGGAACUGUAUGCCUCCAACUGGACGGAUGAACAAGUCCUUUCUCUGGCUAUACCGUUCGAGAACGCAACUGGAAAGUAUGACAGUUGUCGUAUGUACGACUUGAACUACACAGCAGCCGUUACUCUCGGAUAUGAAGACUCGCUGGCACACAGGGCCAGUCUCUCGUUGGCGAGGGACUCCAGUAAGAAAACCACGAUUUCUUCUUGCCCACACGGUCACAGUUUCAACCUUACUCUGUACUCUUCAACCGUUGUGACAGAGUGGGACCUUGUCUGCGAAAGGCGAGCACUCUACUCGACAACCUUUGCUGCUGUGUCUAUAGGCAAGAUGAUGGGAUACCUCUUCGCUGGAAGCAUUCUAGACUUCUUCGGCAGGAGGCCUGUGGUGCUCUUCUGCGUGACCUGUUGUAUUUCCUCUGGCUUCCUGUGCUCCCUGGCGCCCAGCAUAUUAGUCUAUAUCAUUUGCAGAGUGAUCAUAAGCAUCAUGGAUGUCGGGGUGUAUCUUGGAUCCUUCAUUUUAAUGAUGGAGAUCAGCCCGUUGCAUCGGCGGUCGCAGUUGGGGGCUCUCUUCUGCGUCCCGUGGGCCCUGGGCUACAUGGUCACUCCUGGCAUCGCCUACUGCGUCAGGACCUGGAAACUCCUGCAGGCGGCGCUGACGCUGCCGAGCCUUUGGACUUUGAUUUACUUCAAGUACCUCCCUGAGUCUCCCCGUUGGCUUAUUCUGCACGGGCGCAUUGAAGGCGCCUACUCAGUUUUGAAAUGGGGCUCUGAAGUCAACGGGAACACAAUCAGGCCCAAAGAUGAAAUGUUUCAGUAUAUGGAAAAGAUACACAAGGACGUCAUGACACGUGAUGAUAAAGGGGACAAGUGCAAUGGAAAAAAUCUCCUUUCUCGAGCAGUUCAUUCCCUGAAGGACACUGCAGUACUCUACAUCAUUCCAAAGACUAGGAGACAUAUUCUGGUGAUGCUCUUCUGCUGGUUUUCCGUGUCUAUGGUGUACUAUGGCACUGCGCUUAAUGCCACAAACCUGAGCACGGACCCCUACUUGUUCGUCUUUCUGGGCGGACUGUUGGAACUCCCCAGCUACUUCUUGCUCUGGUGGGCCGUUGCAGUCAUCGGCAGGAAGAAAACUUUUAUUGGACUCUACCUUGCUGGAUCGAUUUUCAUUUUGCUCAUAACAACCUUACUGGUUGUAGGCACGAACGGAGUAACAUGGCCCACAGUAGCCUUGGCACAUGCUGGGAAAUUCAUGAUCACCUCUGCCUUUCAUUUGGCUUUUGUGUACACGGCAGAGCUGUUUCCCACCAAGUAUCGUCCCCUUGCUGUGUCGCAGUCAAGUGCCUGCGCCAGGAUUGGCAGUUUUUUCUCGCCCUACAUUAAUGACAUGCUGGGCACAGUCGCUAUCUGGGCACCUUCUGCUCUUUUUGGAGGCAUAUCACUGAUAGCUGCUAUACUGGCCACUACUCUACCUGAAACGAAGGACCAAGAACUGCCAGAAACCAGCUUCUUUAGAAAAAAGGAAGCAGAAACCAAACAAACAGAAGGAACCACUCAUCUCUAAGUCAGAAGAUUAGAAAAAGUGUUGGGGGGCUGGGGGUCACUAGGAAAGAUAAAUCAGUUUUGGGUGCUGGGGGUCACUAGGAAAUAGAAAAAAAGUUGCUUUAGCUCUUCUCAAAAGUAUUCUUCAGCGCAAACAAUUUGGUGGAAAAGCCACCACUUUCAUUUUGUUUAUUCAGAAGUCUAUUAUAAUUGAGCAUUGCAAAUAAUCUCCAUUAUUACUAAAGCUUUUAUUUUCUCGUAUUACUAAACCGGGCUCACUCUCCGAUUUCUGUAUGCUGUCUACGUAAACCAUCUCUCUGCAGUUCAGUGUAUAUUAGGAAAAAGCUAGAUUAUUCUUACAGCAACGUACAUUGUGAGAAACGGUAAAAUUCGGACGCUGUAUGCUUUACCAGUCAAAUAUAUUGAAUUCAAUUGAAGGAAUGUUUAAGUAGCAUUUAAAGAAGCAAGAUAUGCAAUAAAGAGGAAUUUAGGGAAAGUUAGGUCUAAAAAUAUGUUUAGAGAGGUCAAAGAAGAACACAAUAUAAACACACAAAUUGAAGCUGCAUUAUAGAAAUAAAAUUAUUCCAUAUGUAAACAAAUACCACCAGAGAAAUCACUAAAAAAUAAGUACAUUAAAAAAAUUUGCCUCAUAGCACAGCAGUAAUAAUAUUUAGUGAAUGUCGCGGGAGUUACAUAACGGUUGGUUUCUUUUUAAAGAACCUGAAGAAGCAUAAAAGAUUUUGAGUUUGUUAAUACAAUUGUAUUAUAAAGUUGUAGAAUGCAUUGUAUGACAGUGGUUUGUCUUCGCUAUUUAAUAUCUACUAAUAACUGGGUAUGUAUCACAUAUUUUUCAGUACUACCUUUAUGUAUAUAUAUAUAUAUAUA